AUGGCACCGAAGAACAUCCUCGUUAUAGCCGUCCUCGCAAUGCUCCUCGUCAGCCUCUCGGUUGCCGACAAUCAGGAUCGCAAGCGGGACGGCACGGGCAACCAGGACCGGGACAGGAAGCGCGACGGCUCGUGCGCCAAAUCCGGCACGUGCACCGGCAACAAGAACGGCGGCAACCCCGCUGGUCGCGGCGGCAAUGGCGCUGGGAGGGGGAAUCAGGGGAAGAAAGGCACGGGGACUUGCAACAAGAGCGGCAGCGCGAGUUGCGACGGCAGCGGGCGGAAGAACGCGGUGAUGGCGAGCUCGAAUGCUGCGGUGGCGGCUGCUGACGUGGACGUGCAGGCGUGUGACGGGGCGAAGCAGGCGGGGAAGCUGAUGAGCGGAUUGCGGAAGAGCGGAUUCAACAAGUUCGCGGCGGCGCUGCAGCAGACAGGUGCGCUGCAGCAGACAGGUGCGCUGCAGCAGACAGGUGCGCUGCAGCAGACAGGUGCGCUGCAGCAGACAGGUGCGCUGCAGCAGACAGGUGCGCUGCAGCACACAGGUGCGCUGUGCGCCACUGCUGGCGCUGUCCAUCUCCCUGUCCCUCUCCUUCUCCCUCUCCCUCUCCCUGUCUCACCUGCCAUCUCACCUGCCAUUUCCAUGUGCGCCACCAUGCCUCACACCAUCCGCGGAUUUGGCGGAUGUGUUGUGUGCACGCGGAGUGAUGCUGCUGACCCUCUCACCUGCCCUCUCACCUGCCCUCUCACCUGCCCUCUCACCUGCUCUCUCACCUGCCCUCUCACCUGCCCUCUCACCUGCCCUCUCAACUGCCCUCUCACCUGCCCUCUCACCUGCCCUCUCACCUGCCCUCUCACCUGCCCUCUCACCUGCCCUCUCACCUGCCCUCUCACCUGCCCUCUCACCUGCCCUCUCACCUGCCCUCUCACCUGCCCUCUCACCUGCCCUCUCACCUACCCUCUCACCUGCCCUCUCACCUGCCCUCUCACCUGCCAUCCCCGUGGGGGCGGGGUGACGCUGCUGGCCAUCCCCGACGCGCCCAUGGGGCAGCUGCCCCCUUCAGUGCGAGGGGACCCGCUGAUGCUGAGGGAGCAGCUGCUGCUGCACGUCGUCAAGGGUGCCCGCCCCUACUCCCGCAUGCAGGCGCGCGGCAAGAACUACAAGGUGAGAAGCAAGCACCACUGGCGUACAUUCAACACCACUUUGCAAGCACCUUUGUUUGUGUGCCGCUCUUUUUCUGACAACAAUCCCUCGCCCUGUUCUCUCCCCCAUUGCCCACCUCUCUCCUUUCCAAACCCACUCUCUCCCCAACCUCUCGCCCCUCUCUCCCAAACCCCACUCUCGCGCCCGCAGUUCGCCUGUGCGGCGGGGGCAGGGUCAGGGCGGCUGGUGAAGGCAAGCCAGGGCAGCGCGGCGCUGGUGCUGCGAGUGGGCAGGGGGUGGGGGCAGGCAGCAGCCGUGACGCGCCCCGAUGCCUUCCGGUGCACGGGGGGGGCGGUGCAGGGAGUGAACUGCGCGCUGGGCAUGGGGCGCAUGGGCAGGCCGGGCAGGCGCGUGCCUCUGGGGCAGUGCCUGCGCAACGGCAGGGAUGAGGAUGAUGACUAG